AAAGUGUUUGCUCGAAACUGGGAACGAAGCCCAGCCUUCUUCGCCUGUAGCUCGACUACACCUGAAACGGCACACUGGGAUUAAAAAAAAACAACAAAAAAAAAACUAUCGAAAGCGGGAAGUUAAGAAAAUCCUUCUCCGUCGAUAUAAACUGAGCAGCUUUUAAGCAUUAUUAAAAAAAAAAAAAAAAAAGCAUUCACCGAGUUUUAGAAUGAUGUCUUUGUUUUAGCUAGCAGGAGGUUCGCUACUUCCGCAAAGCAACCUUGACACAGAAAACCAAAAUGAAGACUGGGAAACAACAGAGUUGACUAUGGACCUUUCUUUCACUUUUAUGCUUUUAAGAGGACACAGCUUUUAAAGACUAAAACAGGUGUAAAACGGACACAGAUUUUCUUACUGUGCUGUAGAAUUGUGGACUACUUUACUGCUGGAAAUGGCUUCAACAGAAACCAAAGGUUCUGCCAGCAGUGGCAUUGGGGUUCUGACAUGGGCCCGGGUUUGUAAGGAAUGUGGGCAGCUGCAUGAAAGCCAAGACAGUCACCUUUACGAGUACCAGGAUGAAGUUGAUGACGAGCUGGUGUGCCACAUCUGCUUGCAACCUUUACUCAGACCAAUGGACACCCCUUGCGGCCACACCUAUUGUUUUCAUUGUCUGAGCAACUUCUUAAAAGAGCAGGAUUUCUGCCCUGUGGACCGCCAGCAGCUGCAGUUGCAUCAGUGCCGUCCCUCCAGCUUGCUGGUCAGAAACCUCCUGGACAAGUUGACUGUGAUGUGCCCUCACAAGUCAGAGUGCCAGCAACAGAUGCAGCGCUGUGAACUACAGCCUCACCUGCACAACAGAUGUCCUACUUUUAAAAGACUAAGAGAGGAUGCAGAAAAACUAAAAAGGCCCUCUUGGAAUGAAGUCAAGGGACGCAAGAGUGACGGCGAGCCUCCCGGUGAAGCUAAACAUUCAGCACCACUGUCCAGACUUCCAACACGAGACCAGGCUGACCCUGGACUCAUUAAUCAUGCCUAUGAAGACGCUGAUGAUGACAGCACCCCUCUGCGGUCCAGUCUGGUGGCUGAAGCCAUUGUGGUGGAGUUAUUGCGAGAAGAGCUGGAGGAGGAGUUAGGGCUGCGUAUUGUUGGGGGGAAGGACACCCCACUUGGCAACAUAGUCAUCCAGGAGAUAACCCGGGACUCACUAGUGGCUCGCGAUGGCAGACUGGCACCAGGGGACCAUAUUUUACAGGUGAAUGAUACCAGUUUGGCAUCUGUGCUUCAUUCCUGGGCUGUCGCAGUGCUACGGAAGCCUUGCCCCGUGCUCAGACUCACUGUUAUGCAAGAGAAAGGCUUCAAGUCAAAGGAAUUACGAUCUGAUCAUCAACCUUCAUCUACCAGUGCAGCUGGUCUUCACAACAAUACAACCUCCAAUCACAAACCUGGCACUGUCCUACAAGUAACUCUAAUGAAGAGUCAUCGCGCUGAACCACUCGGCAUCAAACUCAUCCGAAAAUCAGAAGAGAGUGGAGUAUUCGUCCUGGACCUGUUGUCUGGAGGUCUGGCAGCCAAGGAUGGAAAACUGAGGAACAAUGAUAAGGUGUUGGCCAUCAAUGGUCAUGACCUGAGGCAUGGUACACCUGAGAGUGCUGCCCAGAUCAUCCAGGGCAGUGAAGUGCGAGUAAACUUUGUGGUGAUGAGGCCAGCAGAGAACCAGGAGGAAGGAGGAAGCAGCAGAGACAGCUCACACAGCAGAACUGCAAGGAGGGCACCUGAGCCACAGUACUUUAGACGGCAGCCCACCUACAUGAAGGAUCCUCCUGGGGGAUUUUCUAGCCAGGAAAAGACUGUGAACCUGAAGAAGGAGCCUCGUCUUUCCCUGGGUAUUACCAUUGCAGGGGGGAGGGACUGUCGCAGUCGGCUGCCUGUCUACAUCACAAGUGUCCAGCCUGUAGGCUGUCUGCACCGAGAUGGGACCAUCAAAAGAGGUGACAUUCUGCUGAGCAUCAACGGUGUUGAUCUGACCCAGCUCUCAUACAAUGAAGCGGUUUCUGUGCUGAAGGCACAGACAGCUCAAUCCCAGGUGGUGCUUUGGGUCAUCCAGACCAUCUCUGAGGACUCCGAGGAGGACAUCGAGGCUGCCACGAAGGACGAACAGGAUGCUAUGGAUGACUCACGAGAAGACUCGCUCAACUGGACCCCACUGUGGACUCGCUGGCUGGGCCUACCAAGUCACAUGCACUGGUGCCGUGACAUUGUGCUGCAAAAGACCAAUAAUGAAAGCUGGGGUUUCAGUAUCGUCGGAGGUUAUGAGGAAAGCCACGGCCAGCAGCCUUUCUUCAUCAAAACAAUUGUGCCUGGCACACCUGCCCACUUUGAUGGACGCCUCAAGUGCGGUGAUGAGAUAGUGGCAGUAAAUGGUGCCACGACUGUGGGAAUGAACAACUCAUCUCUCAUUCCAAUGCUCAAACUGCAGAAGAAUAAAGUCACGCUGACUGUGGUGUCCUGGCCAGGAAGCCUUUUGUAGCAAAACACAGAUGCUCAUCAUCUUUCUUUUGUCACACUCGUUUACACGUAAAUACUGUACCCUCCUCACUUUGUCUUUGGUCAGUCACUGCGUCGUCUCACAUAUGUUGUUCAGUUAAAAGCAUUUCAUUGGUUCAUUCAUCGUCUGCAUAGUGAUAGUUUCCUUUGCAGCUACCGGUCUGUUUUAGUUACUCAAAUGGAUGACAACAAAUUCAUAGAAAUCAAGCUUAAAAUGACAAUCAAUGUAUUACAUUCUAAAGGUAAAAUGAAAGGUUUUGUUUGUUUUUGGCACCAUCUUCUUUGGUAGUUAUGAGCUCUGAUUCUAAUUUUUAAAAACAGCAUCCAAAAACGUAAUUGUCAAUACAUUUUAGUUAUAAUUAAGAAAUGCCAACAGAUGUUCAGGUGUGCAUUUUAAUUUUUUCUUAAUUACCCACCACAGUGGAGUUGAAAUGAAAACAAGAUGUGCUUGCAGUAUAGACUUUCAUCUUCAAUUAAGGGGUUUUAACAAAAAAAUAUCACAUUGACCAUCAUUUUUAUACAGUCGAUGCAGUUUCAGAGGCUAUAAGUAAUGGGGCAGACUGAUUAUCCGAGUAAAUGGAAGCUGGUUAACUAUAAAGCAAACAGCUACAGUAUCCUUUUAGAGACAUCACCUUUUUACAAACCUGGGAUCACCAGGCUGCGUGCGGAAAACUAAGUCACCUGCGGUCAUUUGGCCUAUUUGCUGGAGAUGACUGGAAUAUUAUCCUGUGGUUCAUCAACCUGCAUUCCAGUUUAAGAUUUUAAAACAUCAGGGAUCUCGGAAACCCAAACCUGUCCACCAAGCCUUUGAAACAAUUGGUAGGAUCUUUAAAAAAACAACAGAAAAACUAAGAAUAACCUUUAGAUUAUUUAAUUGGAAUUACAGUACAUUAGAACCACUCUGGUACUGGUUUCAGUAAACGUUAACAUGAAACAAACUUUGACCCAUUUAGAAUACUGUUGACUUAUAGAAAAUUCAUCUUACACCUUUUGUUUUAAAAACCAUAAAUCAGAUUUAGGGCUAUUAAUUUACCAGUUUUCUAUUUAUUUUCACUGUAAUAAUUCGGACUGGAUGAUUUUGAUGAGUGUUGCGUACACACUGAAGGACAAAUGAGAAUGUAUACUUGUAAACUUGCCUUAACUGCCACUGUACCAAUGAUUUUCACCCUCAUUGCUUCUUUUAAUGUUUGUUGGGAAGUAGAUUGCUAGACGUUACCUCACUCAAAUUGUCAACACAUUCCCAGUGGUCUUUGGCGUAUCUGAUACAAGAAACAAUUCAGAACAUUGCUUCCUGAUUUGAAUUCAAAUGGGCAGUGGCUGUGAAUAUGUGAACGCUGGCCAUUUGAUCAUGUUCAAUAAAGGUGUAACAAAUAUGGUGGUGUGUCAUCUCACA